GGACAAUGUAAAUGCCAAACAGCUGAAUAUCCAUUGGUUGAGAUCCCAAAUGGGAAUCGUAUCCCAGGAGCCCACGCUGUUCGACUGCACUUUAUCCGAGAACAUCGCCUACGGAGACAACAGUCGCAUCGCCACCAUGGAGGAGAUAGUGGCGGCUGCUAGAGCGGCCAACAUUCACAACUUCAUUCAGGGGCUGCCACAGAAGUACGACACUCAGGCAGGUGACAAGGGAACGCAGCUGUCAGGUGGACAGAAGCAGAGAAUAGCCAUAGCCCGAGCCAUCCUGCGCAACCCAGUACUGCUGCUGCUGGACGAGGCCACGUCCGCACUCGACACUGAAAGCGAGAAGGUGGUGCAGGAAGCGUUGGACCAGGCCAGCAAGGGCAGGACGUGCAUUAUCGUGGCGCACCGUCUGUCCACCAUCAAAAACGCUGACCGCAUUGCCGUCUUGCAGGGGGGAGUAGUGGUCGAGCAAGGGACGCACCAGCAGCUGCUGGCGAGGAAGGGAGUCUACCACAUGCUGGUCACCACACAGUUGGGCCACGGGAGGGAAUGAGAGGACAGCAAUACUAGACAAACUAUUUAUAAUCUUUACAUUCACUAUCCAUAGGGCUGGAUUCAACUCGUGUGGCUCUUAUCGUCAGCUCCCGGCCUCACAGCUUCAGUGAGGGAUCGGAUGUGCUGAUUGGGUCCAGGUCUUUCGGGAGAUGUGACCUUCUAGCCUCCAGAGUCUUGUGGCUGUAAGAGCCCACGUCUGUGCCACCGUUCACGAGUUGCCACAUUUAUUAUUUUUUUAUACAGAAAACAUUUUGACACUUUAGUAAAAGACUGGUUUAAAUCAUAAAAAAAAAAAACCAAUGCGUCAAGUUUUUGGGUCCUGCUGUUGUUCAGGCCUCACUUAAACACUUGAAUUUUAUUUAACACCUUUAUUUACUAUGACAAGUUGAAAUGUGUGCUAUGAAAAAGGCCUUAUUACACUGUGCUGUAUCCUCACAUGCUUUCUUUAUUCUUGUUUGUUGAUCACUGGGACUCAUUUCAGUCCUUUUCUUUUUUAACAAACUAUCAGACAUCAAUAUUUGGUUCCACCUGAUGUGACCAAAAUGACAAAUAUGUAGUGAUUCAAGCAAACAAAGCACUGGAUUUAUAAAGUACCAAAGAUUGUGUAAACCUCACACUGGCAUCAACAAUGUGUGUUCUCCUGUUAAUAUAUUGAGAAGAUUUGUUGAUAAAUAAUAUAUAAUAAUGUUUAGUUCAUUAUGUUCGAUAUUCUGGGAUGAUAAUGAUCAGAAGGGCCUGAGCAGCUGAAUUCAAGGAAGAAUGUAAUGUUGCACAAAUACACAGAAUCACUAAUCUUUAUGAAGGAUAUUCUUAUAUAUUAAAGUUUAAUAUUGUCAAUAAUUUAACAUCAUUGUAUAUUGCAAAUUCUUUAUUUUUCAGUAUUUAUAUCUAAGAUUGAGCUACUUUUCAUUCAGGUAUUUGAGGCAAGUACAAACUUAUUCACACUUUACAAAGGUUUAGUCAGUUACAGGCAGAUCACAGAUUAGUGUAAGGCUUUAAAUGCAGCAAAAAUAAAAUUAAAAAAAUGAAAGGUUCAGUGAUGUUUUCUAGCCAAAUAUAAACUGUGAACACAUGAACACAGACAAAACUCCAUAGUGUGCAGGACACAUAAAAUCAAAGUUAGUUAUGAUUCUUCUGUUUCUCAAAGGAGAGUUCCCCCUGGGGAUUCAUAAAGUAUUUCUGGCUCUGAUCCGUGGAAUGAACAUAACUUUUAAUUUUCAAAAAGCUGAAAUGAAAAUAACACAAACUGCUGAUUUCUGAUAACAUUUAAGUCUCAUG